AUGGUUGAAGCGAUAGUCGAAGCAAAAGAAACAAACCCUGUUGAUCACGUUGAAUCCGCCAUAACAACAAUCAUUCGGGAGUUUGAGAAUCGGACAAAUCAUGAAGCGAGAUUGGUCAAGGAUGCAACGGCGAAUCGUCAAGAAGAGUUGACCGAUAUUGAGAAGUUGACAACUGAGUACAUAUUUGGAAGAGAAUCUCCGGCUGAUGAUGAUGAGCAGGUAGUUUUCGCACUCGAAAACUAUUGCAAUCUCACCUGGAAACACUUCAUGGACAUGAAACCUGGGCAGUGGAUAUUGAACGACGUCCUGGAUGCUUGGUGUGUAAGAAUGAAUAAUCUGGAAUACUACAAGAGGAGAAGCCCUAACAAGGGACGUGACUACGUUUACUUCUCCACGUGGUCAUAUCAUAUUUGUUCCAAUGCACAGAAACUACUCUUCCCGCGGAGUCAAGACGAUUUCAACUCGGGAAUUGAUCUGGAGUUGAGGUGUAAUUCUAUAGAGAGGAGAUCACUUUCAACAGCGAGGUUGAUAUUCUUGGAAAAUUUACUUAUUAGUAUCUGA